AUGUCCUUUUCUGCACCUCACCCUCUUCCAAGUCCAAACUUUUAGGAGAGAAACGUAUUUAUGAUUCACGGUUCCACGUAAUCUUAAUUGUUGGUUUCAACAAUUAGUAAUACAGAUUUAAAAACGCUCUUACAAGAAAUAAUUUUUUUUAAAUUCGAACGGCGCGAUUCGACGCCGUAAAGUACAUACACUGCUCUGAAAGAAAGUUUUUCUCAGCUUCCAAUACAAGUCCCACAGGACAAGAGUUUUUCUUUCGGAUUCAAUCUCAAACUUUAGAGCAAAACAAGAGCAAAAAUGAUGAGAGCAAGAUUCCUGUGGUUCACAAUCGGAUUCACGUCAGCCGCCGCGGCGAUGACUCACUUCGUCUUCCAAGAUCUCUGGGCCGAUCGCCAAUCUCUCUCUUCCCAAUUGCAGGAAAACUUCGACGCUGUAGACGCGAGAGUGUCCAACCUCGAACAGGUCAUGCCCUCCAAUUCCACCCCACCUCAGGAUGAAGAAAAUUUGAAUUGAAGACGUAGUUUUUUGCUUUGCCUUGAGGGUCUAGCCGUUCUUUUGCUUCUAUCCUGGAUUUCUGCAAUCUAUUAUUCGGAGAAUCACAGCCUGGCUGACAAUUUAGACCUUUUCUUUUAUUUUUGUCCCCGUAGGAUGGUGGAGUGUUUCAGUAACUAGGAAUGGGAUAAUGUAGCAGUUUCUUUCUGAUGCACUCGCGAAAGUAACUAAAGCAGGGCUUCUAUUGUCUUCUCGGUUAUUGACUGUCGUGUUUUUUGUUGUUGUUAUUAUUGUCGAUAACAUUGUCGUCUUAA